AUGGCCGAGGAGCUGAGAAUCGUGGCUAACUGCCAGGCCAGGAGGCUGAAGAGCAGCAACAGCAGAGAGGAGGAAGAGGAUGUGAAGCGAGAGGAGAAUGGGCAUGAAGCGAAACGGCUCAAGGCCAGCCCAGAAGAGAGAGAGGAUGGGAAUAAAAAAUACCCAAAGAGGAAGAUUGUGCUGCUGAUGGCCUAUUCGGGGAAAGGCUAUCACGGAAUGCAGCGCAAUGUGGGGAAUUCUCAGUUCAAAACCAUUGAGGAUGACUUGGUGUCGGCCCUCAUCCAGUCUGGUUGCAUCCCGGAAAACCACGGGGAAGACAUGAAGAAAAUGUCUUUUCAGAGGUGUGCCCGGACAGACAAGGGUGUCUCCGCGGCUGGACAAAUUGUCUCUCUCAAGGUCUGGCUGAUAGAAGAUAUCUUACGAAAAAUUAACGACCACCUCCCUUCUCAUAUAAGAAUUCUAGGGCUCAAAAGGGUCACGGGAGGAUUCAACUCCAAGAACAAAUGCGAUGCCCGGACCUACUCGUACAUGCUGCCGACGUUUGCCUUCGCCCACAAAGAGCAUGAUCCUCAGGACACUGCUUACCACCUGAGCCCAGAGACUCUGGAGAUGGUCAACCGGCUUCUGGCUUGCUACAAGGGGACGCACAACUUCCACAACUUCACUUCUCAGAAGGGCCCCAAAGACCCCAGCGCCAAGCGCUAUAUCAUGGAGAUGUACUGCGAGGAGCCCUUUGUGAGGGACGGCAUGGAGCUGGCCGUCAUCAAGGUAAAGGGCCAGAGUUUCAUGAUGCACCAGAUCCGGAAGAUGAUCGGCCUGGUGAUCGCCAUCGUGAAGGGCUACGCCCCGGAGUCUAUCCUGGAGCAGAGCUGGGGAGAGGAGAAAGUGGACGUCCCCAAAGCGCCAGGCUUGGGCCUGGUGUUGGAGCGGGUCCACUUUGAAAAGUACAAUCGGCGGUUUGGCAAUGACGGCCUCCACGAAGCCCUGGAGUGGGCCGACGAGGAAGAGAAGAUUACCGCUUUCAAAGAGCAGUAUAUCUACCCCACGAUUGUCAAUACGGAGAAGGAAGAGAAGUCCAUGGAGAACUGGUUGGAAACGCUCUCCAUCCACGACUUCAACUCCACUGCUUCUAGGACACGGGCGGACAACCAAGACACAAAGAACAGCGAUCCUGAAGGGAGCGAUGGAUGCGGAGAUGACUCGGACUGA